AUGGAUCCUGAGAGGGAAAGAAGGAAUGGUAAAUGCUUGCUAAGCCCGAAGGAAGUUGCGUUGUUGUUGAGGGCAUUAGGUUUUGGACACGAGGCCCAUAUAUACGUGGCGUCGGGUCAGAUUUAUGGAGGGAAAAAGGCUUUGGCGCCUCUAAAAGCUCUUUUCCCAAACAUCCACACUAAAGAGACGCUUGCUAGCAAUCAAGAAUUGUCACGAUUUUCAUCACAUUCGUCACGUAUGGCUGCAUUAGAUUUCAUCGUUAGUGAUGAAAGCGAUGUACUCGUCACGAAUAAUAACGGGAAUAUGGCGAAGAUACUUGCCGGAAGAAGGAGAUACUUUGGUCACAAACCGACAAUCCGCCCGAACACCAGGAAAUUAAACGAGUUGUUUGUUAACCGGAAAAACAUGACUUGGGAUGAGUUCUCUUCACGUGUUCGAACGAACCAAAUUGGUUUCAUGGGAGAUCCAAGCGAGGCGAAUCGGGUCACGGAUAGCUUUCACGAAAACCCAUUUUCUUGCAUAUGUCGAAAUUUUGAACCAUUUACAACUAAUCAAAUUAGAAGCACUUCCUUAAAAAGUCAAGUUAUCCCACCGGAAUACGAUCAAGAUUCGUCGGAAGUGGAAUAUUCCGACGAUGAUUGA